AUGAAGGAAGACAAAGAAGUCGAGAAGGGGGGUGACAAGACGAACAAGAAUGAAAAGCAGAGGGAAAAAUUUAGCGAUAUCAAUUUGAAGGUGGAGGCAUAUGGAGAGGGGGACUACAGACUGCUCAGAUAUCUACCAGAUGGGUCCUGCGUUUUCGAACAAAUACCAGAUGAAGAAAAUAAAAAUAUGAAAAAUCUACAACAGUAUGCACAGCUAUUCUGUUCUGCAAUGGAAAAAACGAUUCAAAUAAAAAGCAAUGAUGAGAAUUUAAAAAAUGAUAAAGAAUGGACACAAGGGGAGGAAUACAGAGUGAAGGUCGAGGAGGAUUUAAAAGAGUUGAUGGUUUUAUUUGACCUUAUGUUAGGCACUCUUAAUUAUGAUAAGGGCACUAGGUAUUUAACCCUAAAUAAGUGUAACUAUGUGAGGGAUUUAAAAGCUGACAAGCAGGACAUCUGCAUCGCCGUUACGACCAGGAAGGAACUCCUACAGAUGUUGCGAAAAUUAUGUGAAGAGACAAAAAAGCAGAUUAACUCCAUAAACGGCAUAGUUGCGCAGAAAUAUUUUUUACAUUUCAUCAACCAACUUAUUCAAUACUGGAAAGUGUUAAAUAAAAAAUAUUUCGAAAUUGAUUAUUUACAACUUGAUAAUAAUUUCCCCUACGUUACGGAGGUGUCCGUUGAGUAUUUUUUUUUGCCUUCCUAUUUUUGGAACUUUUCCUCCAACCCGAUUUUUCUCUCCUGGCCUCCCUACCCCUCCUUCUCCCCCUUCAAAUCGCAGUAUGCGCAUGUUACUUUUUCGCUAGCUGGGUUGGAGAAGGACCUAAAGGGGGGCAUGAAUAACCAGGCUAGCGGUUCCCCUAUUGACGACUCGCUAUUUAGGCAUAAACCGACCCAAAGGCAGGGCAUAGGCGAAAUGGUUCCUCCUCUUAGUGAAGAACACAAAAGUGAUGACCCAUCAGAGGGUGCACAAAAUGCACACAGCAGUAGCUGCAAAUCGGAUGGAGGCAAACCGAAUGAAGAGCACACAUUCCUUAAGGGUGAGCGUGGAACAUCUAAACAGAGCUACUCUUUUUACUACCCAAAUGGGAAGGAAGAAGAAAUAAAAAUAUUCCACCUGCUAGACAGCCUGAGCGUCAUUUCCGUCGAGUUCGAAGGAAUAGCUGCGCACUUGAUCGAAAACAACUACGCCAUCCAGUUUGAUUUGUGCCCUUUAAACGUACAACUAAAGAACGAAUUAAAAAGGCAAACGAAGGGAAAUCCCGCAUGGGGGGGAAACACUUUUCCUGAAAGAAUAAUUCCAGAAAAUAUUUUUUUCGAGCAAGCCAAAAAAGUGCACGCCAAAUUGACAACUGCACAGUGGGUACUGAUAGAUAAAUCGAUUUUCUGCAUCCUGGCUGAACAAGCAAAUAAUUUGAAAGACAGAAAUAAUAAUUUGGCAAUACAGCUUCCCAGCGUGAUGGGGAAGAGAAAGAAAAUUAAAAUUCACUGCACGGAUAUAAACCACAAGUGUCUGGAGUUCCUCAUAAGCGACGUUCUGAUUCCCUCCCCCGGGAGGAAAUCCAUUCCGGUGGAUUUCUGCUUCGCUGUGAUGUACGAGCCGACUGAGGGGGUUCGCGGCAAGUUGGCGGAGGGGAGCGCGAGGGGAAAAGCCAACGGGGACGCUGCUGAAGGUGACGCUGCGGAAGGCGACCCACAUGGGGAUGAUUUGGCUGACCCCGCCCAAGUGAGUCGCGGCGGACGCAACGGCGAAGUCGCGCGGGACAACGAACUCGCGCUGGACAACGAACUCGCGCUGGACAACGAACUCGCGCUGGACAACGAACUCGCGCUGGACUACGAACUCGUGCAGCUGUUCCUCCACCUGUCUCUCGCGAAGAUACGGGAUUUGUUUAUUUGCUCCUGGAAAUAUUUCUCCUUCGAAAUGCCCUACUAUUCUGCUGACAUCCAUCCGCUGAUUUAUCAGAAUGUUUUCCCCGACCCGCGCUCCGGCAGCUUAAUCACCACUUUUUUCUCCUGGUUCAUUGCAUCCAUGGAGAAGUACUUGCGCGCGAGCGGGGUGAAGCAGCUGUGA